AUGUGGAUUUUAAAGGCAAGAGAAAUUGGCUUUGUAAUGCAUGAACCAGUUAAUGUAUUUAUUCAAGCCCAAGGUAAUAAUUCAUCAAAUUAUCCUUUUCCACCAGCAGUGAUGAUUUUAGCUGAUAUUCUUACUCCUGAGGGUGACAGAGAUGGAAAGAGAACAAUUGUUGUUGUUGUUGUCAGACACCAUGGAGAGCGCCCCUUCCGGGAGCUCCGUGGCUGGGGCCCCAGGGGCAGCAGGCAGCCCCCGGCGCUCUCACCCUUUGUGUGUCCGCAGAUCGAGGCGCUGCAGGAGGUGUUGGAGAAGCUGAAGAGCAAGCGGAUCCCCAUUUACGAGAAGAAGUUCGGCCAAGUCCCCAUGUGCGAUGCUGGCGAGCAGUGUGCAGUGAGGAAAGGAGCUCGAAUCGGGAAACUCUGCGACUGUCCCAGAGGCACUUCUUGUAACUCUUUUCUUUUGAAGUGCUUGUAAAGUACCCCCGCCCUCCCACCUACACCUCGGGGGAACAAACGGACCCAGUGACCUUGCCGGAAAGUCCUACUUGUGCUCACCCGAAGACAGCGAGCAAAACGUCUUGUGGUUUGAUAUUCAGAGAAAGGCAGUUAGAAAUUCUAACGUUCAGCAUUUGUACUCUCUUCCUCUGUUUAAUUGUGUCGGUCAAAACCUGCGUCUCGCUGUGUAAAGGGGUUGAUCUUAUAUUUGGAAAUUGUAUUUUUGUAUGUGGAAUGUCCUCAUGAAAACCAGAGCUAGCCAGAGCUUGUACCUGACAGGCCUUUCCAGAAAUGAACUGAGGGGGGAACUAAGACAAAAUAAUAUAGCAUGUACAAAUUAUACAUAGUGAUGUUUUUAGUCUGUUGUCUUUUUGCAUUACAACCUAUUACAUCUGCUUCAUGUUAGGGAAAUUGUAUGGCUACAUCACCAUUAUACCCUAGCAGAACAGUAUUGAGACACCUUUCUGUUGAGCAGCCCAUUUGGCUGCUAUUGCUAUCACUGGGAGCCAUCGGAGCCCAGGUCUGGGGGUGGGGGGGUGUCUCAGUUGAAAGACUGGAAGUUCUUUGGAUGGAGCAUGCUCAUUGCUAGGGAGUGGGAAGUGCCUCCUUGCUAAAUAGCAGCUCACCUGGAGCAAUAAGCAGUACAUUCCAGAGGGUUCUCCAGUCCUGCUUGGAGACUGGGAACUAGGAACACAAAGGUGUAUAUGACUGUGAGGGACAAAACCUGAGUAGUCAUUAGCAAUGCAGAGGAACUUCUAGGUGAAAAACACUCUGGCCCCAUAUAUUCAUUCAGUUAACUUAAGUACACACUACACUUUAAGCACCAGCAUGGCCAGAGAGUGGUCAUGUCUCUCAGGAUAGAAGUUAACCUACCCUGAAAAUGUAAGGAUGAUAAACUUACAGUAUAAUCAAACACUUCAGAAAGUAUUGCAUGAAAUAGAUGGGACUCACUGAUCUAGUAACAUCUUCCUAUCUGAGUAAUCAAUUGCUUUCCCAGGGCUAUUGCAGAUAAACUGUCUAGUGUCAUUACCAAAUGACACUUGUUUUAAUUAUUGAAGGGAACAAAACAAAUUACUCACGUAUUUCUGUAACAAACUAUUGUAAAGCUUCUAUUAUAUGGUUCAUGGGUGUCCAAUAUGUUUCAAAAAGUCAUAAUGUGUUUUCAACCUUUAUUUAGUCUCUGUUAAUAAAAUAAUUGUGACAAGGA